AUCACAAGCAAAUGGAGUGUAAGAAACAAGAAAAUUAAUAAGCCAUUGCCUCCAGGUCCAAAACCAUGGCCAAUAAUUGGCAGCCUUCCUCAAAUGCUCCUAAAUAGCAAGCCAACAUUUCAUUGGAUACACAAACUUAUGGAGGAAAUGGACAUUGAAAUCGCUUGCAUUCGUCUUGGUAAUGUCCUUGUCAUUCCUGUAACUUCUCCUGAGCUUGCUUGCGAGUUCUUAAAGAAUCAAGACUCUGUUUUCUCAUCGAGGCCUAUUUGCAUGUCCGCGAACCUCGUUAUCAAUGGAUACUUGACUUCAGUGUUUCUCCCCAUAUGUGAUCAAUGGACGAAAAUGAGAAGAAUCGUUGCUUCUCUUGUGCUCUCACCAACAUCUCUUCAAUGGCUUAGUCAUAAAAGGAAUGAAGACGCUGACCACCUUCUUCGAUAUGUUUACAAUGAAUAGCAACCAACCGUAAUUAACUUGAGGAAAGUGACAAGAUAUUAUUGUGGGAAUGUUAUUUGGAAUAUGAUUUUCAGCAAGAGAUUAUUUGGAAAAGAAGCCGAGGAGCAAGUUGGUGCACUCUUCACACUUCUUGAAUACCUCCAUUCUUUUGGUAUCUCAGAUUUCUUGCCGUUGUUAAGUGUGUUUGAUUUGGAUGGUCACAAGGAAAUUAUCAAGAAAGCCUUUGCCACAGCAACAAGACACAUUGAUAGUGAAAUUGAUCGGAGGAUUCAGAUUUGGAAGGAUGACAACAAAACUGUGGAAGAAGACAUCCUUGAUGUUCUUAUAAAGCUCAAGCAUGCAAAUGGGAAUCCGUUGAUGAAUGCUAAAGAGAUUAAAACACAAGUCCUUGAACUCAGGUUGGCAACAGUUGGUAAUCCCUCAAAUGCAGUUGAAUGGACACUUGCACAAAUGUUGAACCAACCACAAUUGAUGCAAAGAGUCAUAGAAGAACUCAACAUUGUCGUUGGAAGCAAAAGAUUUGUUCAAGAAUCAGACUUGGCACGGCUAAAUUUUGUCAAAGCUUGCAUAAAAGAGGCCUUUCGUCUCUACACAAUAUCGCCUUUUAACCUUCCUCAUGUCUCUGUUUCUGAUACUAUUAUUAGUGAAAAAUACUUCAUCCCCAAAGGGAGUGUAGUGCUAUUAAGUCGUCUUGGACUUGGUCGGAAUCCUAGAGUUUGGGAGGAGCCGAUGAAGUUUAAGCCUGAGCGCCAUCUCAAGGAAAACAAUGGUGAAGUAGUUCUCAAUGAUUCGGAGUUACGCUUGUUAUCAUUUAGUAUUGGACGAAGAGGGUGCCCUGGUGUGAAACUUGGUUCUACCAUUACUACCAUGUUACUUGCUAGGCUUCUUCACGGGUUUUCUUGGAGUUUACCACCAAAUUCACCAUGCAAUGACUUAAUUGAGUCGUCGAAGAGUGAUCUCUUUUGUACAUUGCCACUUCUUGCUCGACCAAAACCAAGAGUAGAUGAGACAAUGUAUCCCUAA